CAGCACCACUACUCAUCAUCGUCAACACAUUGUACCCCGACCCAUCCGUCUGGGCAUUCGUACAUCUUUUGAUCAAAGACCUUACCUACCUUCACCAUUCCAUUCUUUCUGCAUCAAUCCUUGUCUGUCGCAAUCCUACAUCCUUACCCUCCGUAAUUCCUCUGGCGACGUCCCGUACACUCUCGUUUGUACUCCGAACCUGAAAUUUAAAAACCCCCAGCCUUUUUCCAGCCGUUUCGUCGUCCGCUCUCGAAGUAACAACUUGACCCCCUCGUAGGGUUUCUGGUACUCAGCGCCACUCACUAUCGACAACACCAAUCGUAUAUACGGGCUCACGUCGUUCUCAUGCCGUCCUGAACAGUCAGCAACAAGUUUUCCGUCAAAGGGCCCCCCCGGAGCGCCAUGCGCUUCCUCCAUCAGUUCGCUCUCUUAGCGACGUCGAUACUCUUAAUUUCCCUGGGUGAAGGACAUUCACAAUCAAGAAACCCUCUCAACUACCUCUCUCUCCUCGAAAACCCUCGAAUCCAUACUCCUUCGCAACGAGUCCAUGCCACCUCCCACUUUGAUCUCACCUUCGACCUCCACAAACACUCGGAACACUUUCGCCUAAGUUUAGAACCCAACCAUGACAUUAUCCACGACGAUUCCUACGUCGAGUACAUUGACAAAGACGGCAAUGUCAGGCAUGUCGAGAAGAUGCGGCGGGAGGGCUUCAAGGUCUUUCAGGGCAAGUCAUUUGUGGUGGACGAGAAUGGCCUCUCUACCCACGUUGGCUGGGCGCGGGUGGUGAUGAGAAGGGACGGCGUUCGACCACUGUUCGAGGGUGCUUUCACCGUCAUGGGUAAUCACCACCAUGUACAAAUGAAGUCGACCUACAUGGCUACAAAACAUCGGCAAGACCCUCCCCUGGAAGAUGACGAGGACGAAUACAUGGCUGUCUGGAGGGAUACUGAUGUCAGCCGACAAACACAUCGGGACUUGAAGAGAGGCGCUGAUGCCGAUCUGACUUGUGCGUCGGACAAGCUGCCAUUCAACACAGACCCUGAACAUCCUCUCUUUCGAGACCUCAUGGUGAAGAGGGACGAAGGGUAUUGGGGAUCCAUGUCAAUAUCGCAUUUGUUCGGUAAGCGUCAGAACAACAAUAUUGACGGCGGUGGUGCUGGAAACGGUAAUUCGGGUGGCGUCAACCUCAGAGAUUCUAUCGGGAGUACAGCUGGAUGUCCGACGACUCGAAGGGUGGCACUGAUUGGCGUUGCAACCGAUUGCACCUACACCGGCAGCUUCAACUCGACGGACAGUGUGCGACAAAAUAUCAUUACCCAAGUCAAUACUGCGUCCGAUCUUUAUCAAUCAACUUUCAACAUCACUCUCGGAUUGAGGAAUCUGACCGUGUCUGAGGCCGAAUGUCCUGGUACGGCCGCAGCUCAGACUCCGUGGAACGUGGGCUGCAGCGGUGGUACCGACAUGACCGCUCGACUGAAUACCUUUUCUCAAUGGCGAGGUCAGCGAGGAGAUUCCAAUGCCUACUGGUCUCUCUUCACCACUUGCAACACUGGCGCCGAAGUCGGUCUCGCGUGGCUUGGACAAUUGUGCAACACUGGCGCGACCUCUCAACAAGACACGAGCGGGUCGUCCCAGAGCGUCACCGGCGCGAAUGUGAUCGCAAAGACAUCUACGGAAUGGCAAGUGUUCGCUCAUGAAUCUGGCCAUACAUUUGGAGCCGUCCAUGAUUGUGACUCGAGCACUUGUGCGGACGCCAACACGGUCAACUCGGGCCAGUGCUGUCCUCUUUCGGCUUCCUCGUGUGAUGCUAAAGCCCAGUACAUGAUGAAUCCCUAUUCAUCACCAGACAUCACCAAGUUCUCCCCUUGUUCCAUUGGCAACAUCUGCAGUGCCUUGGGGCGCAACUCGGUACAGUCGGGUUGCCUUACUGAUAACAGGGGUGUCGUCACCAUUACCGGCAAUCAGUGUGGUAAUGGUAUUGUCGAGGAAGGCGAAGACUGCGACUGUGGUGGUGCAGACGGUUGUGCCGGUAAUUCGUGCUGCAACCCCGAUACUUGCAAGUACAACCAAGGUGCGGUCUGCGAUCCCAGCAACGAAGGCUGCUGUACACCGCAAUGUCAAUUUGCGAGCGCAAGCACCGUCUGCCGUGCAAGCACUGGAGUUUGCGAUCCCGAAGAAACGUGCUCCGGUACUAAUGGCACAUGUCCCGCUGAUGUCACUGCCCCAGAUGGGACGUCGUGCAAGAGCGGAAAUGCGACAGGUCUACACUGCGCCAGCGGCCAAUGCACAAGUCGUGACCUCCAAUGCAAGACCUUGAUGGGCGAUUAUACCUCGACCAACGACACAUAUGCCUGCAACAGUCAAACGUGCAGUAUCAGCUGUGGUAGUCCUGACUUUGGACCGAAUGUUUGUUAUAGCAUGCAGCAGAACUUCCUGGACGGGACACCUUGUGGUGGGGACGGCAAAUGCAGAAAUGGUGUAUGCAAAGGCAGCACCGUUGGAGGAGAAGUCAAAUCCUGGAUCGAUCAUAACAAGACUCUUGUGAUUGCGCUCGCAUCUGCCCUUGGAGGGUUAUUACUCCUUGCCAUCCUUGGCUGCUGCGUACGGGCAUGUCGAAAACCUCGAGCGAAGCAGAUGGUUGCUGGCGGUCAACGUCGGCGGAACCGACCACCCCCUCGUGGCUGGGAUGGACCGCCGGUUCCAAUGCAGAUGCAGGAUCGUGGUUAUGGACAGCCAAAUUGGGGUCCGAGCCCACAACAGCCGCCCCCGACGUACUGGGCCAACCAACCGCCUCAAUAUCAAUGGCCUCAAGGAGGAGGGUUUGAUAAUGGCAACAGGGGGAAUAGUGUGCGAUAUGCUUGAGGGAAGACGUGAGGAGUAUACCAAUACAUGUGUACAGAGCAAGAGAUCGGGGUGGUACAACACAGACAAGGACAUUUGCGUCGUCAUGUGGAGUUUGAUUUGAAGAUGAUGAAUAUUGCAUCUACGCUUUGUUUGAAAAGAGUUGUCUUCUGGGCAUAUAAUUGAUUGGAAGGUGUGCAUAUUGCAUCGAGAUUGGCGUUACAAAGGGGACAAGAGUGAAACAGUACUGCUGGUUUGCCUCUGGUGGACAUGACAAAUGGGUGCCACUGGGACGCAGCCGCAUUUGGAUUGUACUUUAGACAUGACCUCCAUGAUUAGCGAUGAUGAAUCCAAAGAAAAAAUCGAAU